GUAUACCAUUGUAAUUGGACGCGGCACAAAAGAACGAAGAUUGUAUUCAUAAAUGUGGACUUCGCUCUACGCUGCGAUCACAAUGAGAAAGUACUGAAAUACUGAAGUGGAUUUGUAUACUACGAACUUUAUAAACUCAUACCAAAAUGUCUUAUGAGGGGUUUAAGCAAUUGCUUGUCCAGAAAGAGGACAAAAUUCUGGUCAUAAAAUUCAACAAUCCUCGUAAGAAGAAUUGCAUCAAUUACAAUGGAUACAAGGAGCUAGGCCGUGUCCUGGGCACCGUUAAUCAGGAUGACUCCAUUUCAAUCGUCGUGAUUACCGGUGUAGGAAGCUUCUUUACGGCUGGCAACGAUUUGUCCCAGAAAUCCGAAAUGAGCGACAUGGACGCCUAUCUUAAAGAGACCAACGAUAUAUUCAAAUCCAUGGUCUCCAGCUUCCUCAAUUGCACCAAGAUUAUUAUCACACUGGUCAACGGCCCGGCCAUUGGAAUCGGCUGCACCAUCGUGGGACUCAGCGAUGUGGCUUGGUGCGCCGAAGAGGCCUAUUUCGCGACACCCUUCAGUAAAUUGGGUCUGGUGCCAGAGGCCUGCUCCAGCUUCACCUUUCCAUUAAUCAUGGGCCGUUCGAAGGCCACAGAGAUGCUGGUGCUUAACGAAAAAUUGAGUGCCCAGGAGGCAUACCAUUUUAAUCUCGUGUCGCGCAUCUUUAGGUUAAAUGAAUUGGAUUCUGUGGUGUGGCCAAAAAUUCGCGAAUAUGCCGAGCUGCCGCCCAACUCGAUGCGUGAAUGUAAGCGCUUGAUUCAGUUGUCCUCGCGGGAAAGUCUUCUUCGAGCCAAUGAUGCAGAAUGCGAAGCACUGCUAAAACGGUUCUACGACAAUGAAUGCAUACAGGCCAUCAUUGAUUUUGCUAUGCGCAAGUCAAAGCUUUAAUUUCAGAGCUAUAUUUUGUUAAUAGUUUCUCUUGUGUAUUACAAAACGCAC